AUACGGGAUUUCCACGACCGUUUUUUUCGGCUUUCUUCUUUUGUGCGGUGUUCGCGUUCGUUCGGUUCAAAAGCUUCGGCAAAACGAAGGACUCGUUGCCAUCCCGCUCGCCCACUCGCUGCCACUGUCUCUGAAAAAUUUUAAUACAAAUCGAAAUAAAACUAAGGCAAAAACCUACUCAAAACUCGAAUAAUUAUAUAAAACAGUUUUGAAAUUCGAUUGUCACAAAGUUUAUGCACAAAUUAGCCAAACCUUAAUCGUUGCUAAGAGAGAGGAUAGCGAGAGAAUUGAGCAAACGAGAGCGUGAGCGCACGAAAAACAAUUUUUUUUUUAAUGUCGACUUCGAAGGAUAACCGAAAAACACACAUUAAAAUCGGGGAAAAGCAUACCGUCGAAAUAAUUGUAGAGUCCCAAAGGAUAACCAAAAAGCAAGCCAACUUAAAAAAUACAAGAAAUAAAUCCUUUAAAGUGCCAUUAAAGUUAAACAACUUCUUUAUCCUUUCGUGCAGAUUUCUUAACUAAUUAAUUAUGUGAGCAAACCAACAAAGAAAAGCCCUAAAACAAAGCAACAACAUCAACAACCCCAACAACAAGAAAACCAAUUCAACGAAGCAAACGAAUUUCCAUAAAAAUGUCCAAUUCCAAGGUUAUUGUGCAAAAACAACAAUAAUAAUAAAUAAUUAAAUAAAUAAUAAUUAAUAAAUAACACAUGUUAUUAAAUAUAAAAAUACAUAGUAAAUGUUAAUACUAUGAAAACGGCAACUGAAACCGCGAUACGCUCGAACGAGAACCAAUACUUGCAAGCUGGCCAGUGAGUUGCUGGCAGGGAACGGGGAUUCAGGCCGGGAUUCAUGCCGCUGGAUGCAGGGCAGCCACUGAAGCUGAAGCUGGAGCGGCUCAGGCGGGUACAGAGCAACGGGAACUGGGACUGGAACAGGAACCCCCCGAACCCGUACCGGUUAAGAAACAGGAACUGGGCCAGGCAGCUGACGGAUCGGACCGGACCGGAGAGAGCGACGCUCCAAGAAGUCCGCCCAACAAGUCCGCCGCCAACACUACCGAUGAUGAUGGGGCCAUGAGCCCGUCAUUACUCGCAUUGAAUUGGAGUCGCAAGCGCGUCUCAAGCGGGCCUGCACCAUGCUAGCACCGCCGAACCCGAGGUCAAUAUGCGGCCAGGACCCGGGCUGGUCGUGAUGGCGCUUGCGUUUAUUUCGGGGGCUCGGCGAGGCAGCAGCAGCGGCAUCAGCUCAGCGACAGCGACACCGACACCGACAUCCACAGCGGCAGGCGACGGCGGGAGCAGAGGGGCAGAGGGCAGGGGCAACGACCGAGGAGGCGGCAGCGCAAGAGGUGAAGGAUCAACCACGUUACCGUCCACUGGCGAGUCCUCGUCAUUCGUUCGCAGCUCUGGCUCGUACCUGCUGCCCAUCUUCCUGCCCCACCAUCUCGACUUGGCGCUCCAGUUUGGGCCACGUUUGCCGCCCGGCGAUUACCACCACCAGCAGCAGCAGCAGCACCAGCACCAGCACGACCACGCCCACACCGAGUCCUGGAUUUCGUCGAGGAUUGCGGACAGGAGACAGCGGCGGCGGCGACGAGACAGUAGCAGCAGCAGCAGGGAUAUAGCAGGUCGGGCGGGCGGAACAGAGACAGUAACAGGAACAGGAACAGUGACAGGGAUAGUAUCCAGUAAGGGAUCGGGAACAGCGGCAGUCACAGCGGGCACAGCGGAGUCCAGCGAGGAGGAGCAGGAGGAGGAUCGCGAUCCGGGUCUUCCCGUUCAGUUUCCCUCGUCGCAGGCCUUUGACGAAGACGAGGAUAUCUUCGCCCUGGUGGCCGAGGACGAUCUGCUGUCCGAGGAGUCCUUUGAUCGCCUGAUCAAGCUCAACGAAGACGCCGACGAGGAGGAUUACAAGCAACAGCCGCAACCCGCGGAGGAAGCGGAAACGGAAAUAGACACAGAGACAGAGCCAGAGCGAGAGAACGAGACGGAAACAGAGACGGAAACGGAAACGGAGAGAGAAGCGGAAGCGGAUACUGAAACCGAAACGGAGCAGCAGCAACAGGACGAGAGCCGCCUAAUUGAUGAGGGAGUCCUGCAACAUAGCGAUAACAGUCACAGCCACUCGCCGGAGUCCGCUAACAGCUACGAUAAUAACAAUAACAAACGAGAGGCCAGUGGCCGCAUCCUUGAUGCCCAGACGGCCCAGCUGAUCGGACACAAGGAUAACAGCUUGUCCGCCGUGGCCACCACCGAGUCAGCAGGCGCCAGCAGCAGCAGUAGCAGCACCACCACAACCUUGCCAGCACCCGUGGACCUAAAGAAGUCCAUACUCGGCACAGCGAGCUCGUUAACACGCCUUAAUCCUUGGAUAUCAGCCUGUGAUCUGGCACAGCCGGGCACAGCAACAGACUUGCAGGGUCAGUGCUCGGCUGGUACACUGCCCAUGGCCUGGGUCGAUGAGGGACCCGGGCCCCCAAUCUGCCCGCGAUCCUGCGCCGAGCAGCAGCACCAGAAGCCAGCGGCCUCCAAGGCGAGGCCUCCGAGGAGCGCCUCCAGUAACAAUAAAGUCAAGUAUUUCGUAAACUAUAAGGCGGCCCAGAUGCGUUUGCGACGCGAGAGGGACUACGCGAUGGACGCCACCGAGAGCAAUUCCCCAAUGCCGGCCAGUGAGCGGCCGACCACCACCGACCUGGGCCUGGACAUGGAUGUGGACAUCGAUGGGUAUAGCAGUUCAACAUCCAGUGCGGCCAGUGUUACCGAGGAGACGGUAGGAGGAGGAGUGCCGGAACCGGAGCCAACGUUGUCCUACAGCCAUCUGCAUGCCCAGGAGCAGCUCCAGCUGGACCAGGACCGGGGGGAGGACGAGCAGGAGCAACAACAGUGCCUUGAAUAUCUGGGCGAUUCCGCCGAGUCGAGUCCGCAGCACCUGUGCGACCUUCGGUCACCUGGCCAGCUGCUGGAGCGACUUCGGGCGCUGCGCCUGCGCAACUGCUGCGAGCGGAGCGUGUUCAGUGCCCUGCACACGCUGGCCCUCAAUGCCAGCCUCUCGGAUCGGCGGGAGUGCACCCGCAUCCUCAGCGACCUGCUGGACGUGGACGGCCUGGCCAAUCGCAUCACCUGCGAGCUGGCCGAGAUUCUGUUCCGCUUCGACUGCCGGCAGGUUUACUCGCUGAUCAACCAAUGCGACGAUUGCAAGGAAGCAUAUCGUCGCUGGGUCUGCAGUACACUAGUGCCAUACUUUGCCGAGCCAAAGGACGUUGCGCCAGCAACGGGUGCAGGAGCGGGAGCAGCAUCCUCCGCGGGCAAGAGCAAACGCUCGGCGAGAAGUGCAGCGAGGGGCGAGGUGGCGUCAACGGCGACGGAGGCGAAUGGAAUCAAGCAUAAAUCUCUGAAAUUAAUCAGCAAUAACAAUAAAUCAAAUAACGGCAAUAACAUGAACGAGCGUCAGAUUAAUCAGAAGCAUGACAAGAGCUCGAACGCGAGAGCAAAGGCAAACGCGGGCCAGGACAAUGACCGCCGCAGCAGCAGCAGUAGCAGGAGCAGCAGUAACAGUGUGGAGGAUGCGAUUGGCAGGGACCUGGCCCAGACAUUCUACGAUGUUGUUGGCCUGUCUAACUCUCGCCACCAGGGAGAGGAGGAGAUCCUGGGAGUGGCCAUGGAUGACGGCAAUGAACCAGAACCAGAGACGGAGGCGGAGGCGCAGGCGGAGUCCGAGGAGGCUGAGGCCGAACAACAAUCCAAUAAUUUCAUAUCGACUGCCAAUAAUUCGGAUCCCAGAGCCACGGAUCCAGUGAUAUCAAAACUACACAAGAGAUCAACACGCAAGGAGGAGUUCCGUAAGCGCCGCCGUAUCCGGCCCUGCCUGAGCGUCUGCCAAACCGUGGAACAAAAGUGCCCCUACCUGCUGCCCGCCGAUCGCGCUCCCGCGCUGCCCACCCAAUAUGCCGGCGAGCCGACAUUUCUCUGCCUAGAUCAAAACAUACCCGAGACAGGGGCGCAGCUGGAAAAGUCGAGCUACGGCCCCAACGAUUGCUGCUACAGCUACUGCAAUGGUCCCUUGUCCGGUAUCUGCACUGUGUGCCAUGAGUUCACCGCUCCAACGAUGUCGGAGGAGGAUGCUUCCACUGCUACCAACUCCACCCGCCGCGUACACAACAUCACGCUCUCGCUGAGCUCGCAUCCCGGCGAGCAUGCCCGGGCCAAGAGCGUGGCUCUGGCCUUAAGGAACGUGAGUCGAACCGGCGGGGAUCCGGAUGCCAUGCAGACCCUGCUCGAUCGCCUGCCGUACUAUGCACGCCACGACGGAGUCUUUUACUAUGACGAGGAGGGUGACAUGCCGCAGGCGCCGCUUUCCGGCGACUGUGCCGCCGUGCCCUCCGUUUCCAGUCGCUGUACGAUACCGUACUAUGCCUCCGGCACGGAGGCUGUGGCGGCCCCGCCCACUCAGCUGCUGGUCUGGCUGAGCGCCCUGCUCGGCCUGCUCAGCAGCUGUGGAGCGGCGCGGCAGCGCUGGAGCUGUCAGUGGAGCGCGAUGGUCGGUGGACACGGCAGCAGGGUGGCGACGGGCACGGGUCGCGGUCGCCAGGCGGUGGCCUGUGAGGCCAACUGUCACGAGCAGGAGCUGGUCAGGAGUGGGAUCAGGAGCCACCAGCAGCCGGUCAAGCCCAAGGCCAAGCCGCUGAAGUGCGCCCCGGGACUCUCCGUGGCAGCCGCCCGCAGCUGGUCCUGGUCGUAUACGUAUAAGAUGACGUGCAGGAAAGUGCGAUACUUCAGCAGCAGGAGCAAGUUCAAAGGCCUGACCAACUACGGCGGGGAGGGGGACGCCCGGCCGAGUGCGGUGCGAGUGAGGGUGCGAGUGAGGGUGGAGGAGGGCGGGUGCAUUAGGACUAGGAACUAUCGCUACUUCUACUACUUCAACUACAACAUAAACGAUUGGUGGCGGAGAUGGUGGCGCUGCCUGAGCAGCGGCGCCUUAUAGUGCCUGCGAGCGGUAUGCGGCCACCUACACCCGGUGGACGGAACAAUGACGACGUACUCGUACUCACCCUCUCUCUCUCUCUCUCUCUCUUUAGCGAACCGAAACCAAAACCGAAACAAAAACAAAAAACAUUAACAAAAACCAAAACAGAAAAAGAAAACCAUAAGCCAAAAACCAAAUACUUAUAUAAUAGCUAAAUCAGAAUGCAUAAUAGAUGUGGCAUAUAUGUAUGAUGGCAGGAAGGAAAAGGAUAUGGAAAAUACGAAACAGACAGACACAGUAACACAUAAAUCCAUGGAAAUGCGAAUUAAAUGACACGCAAAACAGAAACCAAUUAAAUAUUUAUGGUCCUCUUUCCAAUGAAAUAAAAACAAGCAUGAAUUAAUUAUAAAUCUCUAUUGAAACAAAACCAAAAUAGCAUAUUUUAUUACAACUAGAACAAAGAAUAUGAAUAUUUAAUUAAACAAAAAGCAACUGCCACAAGAAUAGGUUUUUUAGAUAAACGAUAACGGAAAUACCAAAAAAGGAAACAAAAAAAGAAAACAUAAAACCAAAAAGAUUUAACAAAACGCAUACAACUAAAGUAUAACAAAAAAAAAAACAAAGCUGGGGAAACCGAAGGAAAAUAUAAAUAGUUAUUAAUUUAAUUACUGGCGAGCAAAAAUACGAAAAGUUUAGGUUAGCUAAAAAAAAAAAAAAAAAAAUAACUGAAGGAAAAUUAAGAAUCCAAAUUUACUAGACUAAAGGAAAAUUUUGAAAACUGCGGAAAUGAAGGAAGGGAAAACCCCCAAGGCAGGCUCAAGUGCUGCAGGGAAAAGGGGGGAAAAAACAUAAACAAUUUGUCAGAGGCCGCGUAUCAACCACCUUUCAAAAAAAAAAAAAAAAAAAAACAAAACAAGUAAAAUGCGAAACGUGAACUUUACUUAAAUUAGUUUAAACUUAAAACCGACACAUAGGCGAUUAUGUAUUGGGAAUUAGCAUAGUCGAGAAUGAGGGAGCGAUUUAAUUAACAAUUAAAACAAUUAACGGCAAUGGAGAACCGCUAAAGUGUCUAAAAAUGUCUUUAUUUAGUUACAAAAUAAAAACAGAACAAGGGAAGGGAAUACGGAAAUGAAAACAUAACAAUUUGUAUAAUCCAAGUAAAGAAAAAAAGAGCCAAAAUGGAAAAACAAAACGAGAAGAAGAGUAUAUAAAGCGCACAGUAAAAAACGUAUCUUUAAGAUUCAUCGACCGCCAUUGCGAGAAAAGGGGACUCCAUAGAGAAAUUCGGAUUCGGGUAACAAACGGAAGCAUUACCACAUUACAGCCUACAUAUGUAUGUACGGAUAUAUGUAUGUACGAUAGAUAUAGUCAACAACAAUGUGCAACGUAAACAGCAAAUAAGGUAGCGAUCGGUGGGAGGAGAACAACAACAACAACAACAAUAUGCCUACUAUAUAAAUACUAACAAUGAAUAAUAAUACUUUUUGUAAUAAAGUGAACCCUAUGUAGCAUAUAUAUAUAUAUUAAUUAUAUAUAUGAAAUAUAUAUAUUUAUAUAAUAUAUAUUGUCUUAACAACUUAUCGUACAUAACUUGCAGCAAAAACGAGAAACCUAUGAGAAACAAACAGAAAAAACCCCAAAUGAAAACCCCCAAAACAGAGAGGAAAUGCAUAAGAGAAAAACAACCGAAAAAGAGGAAAACCAAAAGCGUAUAUUAUUAAGAAAUAUUCAAAUAAUUAGUCGUAUUUGGUAUUAACUAAUUAACUAUUAACGUAAGUACUAAACAAUUUGAGAGAAUCUCUGAUAGAGCACACUCGCCCACACACACUCUCACUCAGAUAUAGAGACGCAUUCUUUGAGCACUCCUAACGAUUCUAAGUUCUUCACCGAAUCACACCACCUGUCCACCUGUCCACCUGUCCACCUGUCACAUCCUCACACUUCUUUGGUACUUUCCUAUGUUUCCGGGAAAUAUGUUUGGUUCGAUUUCUUCUUCUCUGAGACCCAUUUAUCGAACGGUUUAACCCACUGCAGGCAGUGUCAGAGUUACCAAGUUUUUAAGUCUAUUAGGGGAAUGCUUUUCCGAAAUGAACUUCUGGGAGAAUUUUUGCAUUAGAAACUGACGAAAUUACUUUAGGAGGAGAUAUAGGAAUACGAUGCCGAUACGAUGGUAUGGAUUUUGUUAGAUGUUGUAGUAGAAACGUAAAAGAUAUAGCGAACCAGAGCAGCAGCAGCAGCAGCAGGAGCCUUCACAGCGAACAACCCUCCACAUCUAUCACUAUCUCUCUAAAAAUCUCUUUCUAUAUCUUUCUUUCUCUCUCUGUGUUUUAUUAGCCCCCCCCCCCAUAUCAAUAAAUCAUUGUAAAUACAGAUAACGUAUGAACAAUUCAACUCGACUAUAUAUCAUUUUCAUGAUUACCAAAAAGAUCCAUAUUCUACGAUUAUUUCUUCCUAGACUUCUUUUGCAACUUUAUGAUUCAUUCGCCCCAAAGUUUCCGCUAAUUACGGUACUCUUUCCAUAUAAAGUACAUAUAUGUAUAUGCAAAGUAUAUGUAUGGGGUUUACGUGGCCGAACAACUUUUCAUUUAUCUCGGCUCGUCGACGGGGUGGUAACUGUAUGUACAUUUUGAGGCGAAUGCAAGACAUUUUCUAAGCAAAAACCAAACAAAAAAAAAAAAGAAAAACAAAAGCAAGCACGAGCGGUAGGAGGGCGGGGGUGGCUACGAAACCGUUAUCAAAACAUUUCAAUGGCAGUACGAAACGGAAGCGGAACGGAAACGGAAACGGAAACGGGGAAAUGGAGAGCAAGUAACAGUAAAGGAACAGAAUGAGACAGACAGACAGAGAGCCGCUGGCACAAAUUGCGCGCAUAUAGAAUGCAAAUUGUUAUGAAUUAUUGUGUACUUUUGUAAAACUUUUUGAUAUAUAUAAUAUAGUUAACAUGAAUAGAUGCCUAAAUAAUAAUAAAUUAAAUGUUAAUUUAUUUAAAUGUAAACAAUAAAUAGAGAUGGAACUGGAGUAGAGGCCGGCGACGGAGGCGGAGACGAAGGCGGUGGGCGGGCAAUAGGGCAUUCCCGGUACGAUCCCCCAAGUCCGGCCCCCGAGAACUCCGUAUACCCCGGGGGCAUUUAGCGUAUGUACGAAAUAAAUUUUAGGCGUUGGACGACGCACAACGGAAGGCGAGGCAGGAUCAUCUCCUGGUCCCCUGGUCCCCCCCCAGUGCGCUUAGAGAAAAACUAGUUGAAUUGUGUACGUAAUGUGGGUAAAAAUCAUAGCACCAGAUCUGAUCCAUCGAUUGGGCAUUACUUUACAGUAGACAAAGACGACAUUACUGCAUUGAAGCCAUCUCAUGCGAUCCACACGCAUACACACACACACACACUCAAAUUCCAAAUCCGAAUCAAUAACCAAUUAGCACGAAUUAUACAAUAAUUUUUGUAAUUGAUUAGCCGCUGCCACACAACCAAAAAACAUAAACAAAAGAUCAGUCGACGAAACGAAUAGCUCCGCUGCAGCGUGCGCUACACAAUUAUUUUUUACAAAAACCAAAAAACUAUUCAAAAUAUGUAAAAAAAAAAACAAUGAAAGAGAUUUUUAAAAAGCAAAAACCGAAAUUGGAGACACAAAAUUCUUUUUAGGCCAAAAAUGAAAUUACAUAAUUGUGUGCCAGGACAAAAACCAAAAGUAUAAAAAUAAUAAAAAAAAUAAAAACCAAAAAUGAAACGUUAAAAUGUGUUGUAUUUGAUAUCAUGCAAGCGAGCACAGAAACCAGAAACAAUGGCGAAAAGUAAAGUAAUAAUAUAAAUGAAAUUCAUAGCGUCAAGUCAAAUUUAAUUUAAUUAAACGAAAACAUAGAUUAAUUUAAAGGAAAGUCACAACAAGCAAAACAAACAACCGAAACAAAAAUGUCUCCGUAAAAUUGAAAACCCAGUGAAAACCAUAGAAGUGUUUGCCUAGUGAAAAACUCGAAAUUUACAGUGACACAAGCCCCCCCUCUUCCAGAUAACAGUAAUUUAGUGGAAACUGAUAUAAAAACAAAUAAACAAAAACGUAAAAUCUAAAAUCCCACAUGAGACAGCUAAAAACUUUAAAACCGAAAAACAAAACUAAACUGAAAUCUUCUGUACUUGUUAUUUAAAACCAAACAAAAAAUACAAACUUAAGAGAAAAAACAAAAGAAAACCUAGAAAAUCAACAAAUUAUAAAAAAAAACGAUAAAAAAUCC